GUUUCCCGCGCUAAUCCCGAGAGCGCCCGCGCGGCGGUUGUCAUGGAGACGGUGGCGGGCGUCGUGAUUCACAGUCACCGCUGCAGGCCAACGGAGCGACGCGGUGAAGUUCCUGCUCCCGCACCACACUGAACUUGUUCCCAGCGGAUGGACUCCCCCGUACCUCAGCAAUGAGAUGAUGGCGCUUUUAAUUCCACCCGUUUAGUCUCUUUUAUCUCUGGAGCAAGGUUCGCGGAUCGCGUUGCCACUUGGUUACGUAAACAACUUAAAGGCGCUGGAACUUGGGCCUGCUGGAAACGCGAAGACGGGGAAAGACACUUAAUUUCUUACGGAGUUCAAUAUUUGCAGAAUUUUCAGCCACAGUUUACAAUGUCAGUCAUUGAAAAACAAUAUUCAACAGGGGCACAACCCAAUCUGCAUGAACAGCUGCUAAACUGUGAUUUACCACAGACUAGACAAUUUCAGAGACCAACCACUAGAGUACUAACAAGAAAAGAACGAAUAGCAGAAGCAAAACGCUUAGAAGGACGGAGUAAGAGUUUGAAAGUCAGCAAACAAGACAUUAAUGAUUACAGGAAUUCAUACAGACACAAUAUCUGUUUAGACAUGCUGCGGCAAGGUUAUCACAAGUCCUUUUCCGAGUUCACUGCUCUGAUCUUGCAUUGGAAUGCUGUAAGGGAGGCUGCAGGCCCAGGGUCAGACAUAUGGAUGGAAGAACCAUUGGACAAGCAACAUAAUAAACUGGAUCAGCUUCAGUAUUUCCUUACAAGGGCUGAGGCAGCCCAAAGAGCAGGUCUGUUUGAGGAAGUUUAUAAUAAUCAACUUUCACUGGCAUGUUACUUUAAAAAAGUUGGUGACAAACUACUUUCAGAUCACUUCUUUGAAUCAUGCCUCUCCACCAGUGAAAUGAUUAUGCCAUUAGGAGGACAGAAAAUGGCAGAAGCAAAUGCAAACAUGGGUACAGCCUAUGAGGAGAAAGGUCAGCUGGAUAAAGCAGCUGAGCAUUAUGAGAUAUUCCAUCAACUCACUACAGGAAAGACGUGGCAGGAUGAGAACUGCCGCCUUCACUUUGCACAUGCAUGUACAAACCUCUGGAGGAUUUACACAUCACUGGCAGACAAAAAGCUUGAAAAUGAACAAUACAAAGAGGCAAAAAGAUUUCUCAGAAAAGCUUAUGACAUAGCCAAGGAAGGGGGCGAUAGGAAGAUGGAACUGGCAGCUUUGUAUCGAGUGGCUUUAGGUUACCUCAGUACUGGAGAUGCAGACACAGCAAUAACAUACUUACAAACAUAUUUGGAGCUAUCUGAUUCCAUGGAUGAUGAUGUUGGCUUAGGCAAAACCUAUGAAGCUCUGGCCAUGGCCUUAGUAAGCACAGGAAAUUCUUCUGAAGCUCUUGAAUAUCUGAAAACAUUUCUGGGCCUAGCAGAGAAAAGCGGUGAUAAAUGGAGUUUGGUGGAUGCUUGCAAAUUCCUUGGCAUUAUGUAUAAUAAUCUGGGUCAAUAUGAUGUAGCCUGUGAUUAUAUUUGGCGAGGAUAUGAGAUUGCAAUGACCUUGGGUGAUCUACGUUUAGUAGAGAUAAUGCAGGUUCACUUCGGCAUCUACAAAGCUCAUACAAUGAUGACCACAUAUUGUCAUCACGUUGAAGCUGCUGGGCACAUGAAUCUUGAGCGCUUGGUGACAUGGAAGGAUAGUAGAAUAGACAUGUUCAAUGACCCCAGUACAGAAGGAGAUAAUGAAUUUCAUUAUUGAUGCAAGUGCUUUAUACAAACAUGGAUUGAAACUGAAGAGAAACUACUUUGGAAUCU